AUGGCCGCUACUUCUGGUCAUCAUGAGUCGACAUUUGCCCAGAAAUUCAUGUUCGUUGAUUUGAGCAUCACCGGAACCUCACCUCACCAUUCCGAGGUGCUCUCGCAUGUACGCCGGAACUACCACAAGCGGCAAAGGAAAGAAAAGAUUGACCGUCUUCGAGAUAUCAGCGCUGUCUCUAGCGGACCGUUUGCAGACAAAAUCCGCCUUCCCAGCCGUAGGCCCCAGACGACGCCGCUUUCUGAACGUCCCACCGACGACGCUUCCUCAUCCGGAUCAGUCGAGGGAAACGGCGCAAACAGCCGCCGAUUAGCUGUUUCUCAAGGCUCGUGUCGCCAUUCCGUGCAGCCUCUUCUGGCUCACGCGGGUAACUCGGAUCCCUUCUGUGCAUAUGCAAUCAAGAUCGAUCCUCAGAUCAACGAGGUCAUCGCAUUCUACCGAGACUACACUCUACCUGCCCAAUAUCACGUACCCUCUCGAGACUGGGUCAGCUCCGCAAGCGCUCGGCUGGAUUGGUCCAUCUGCAUUUCGACUUUGCAGCAUCCGGACCUAGCAAGUGCUUUUGUUGCUCGCGCAGCAACGAUCGCUGCAGUUAUUCGUCCCGGUUUACGCUCACUGGCCAUGCGAUACCGUCUUCGCAGUAUUCAGCAGCUCCGUGUGAAGCUGCUGAAUAACGACAGGCAUGGGUGGAGCGAUCUGUUUCUUCUCCAAAUCAUUAUGCUUCAUAAAGCCGAGAUCGUGGACAAGAACUUACCAGCCGCUGCUACGCAUGCCAAGGUGCUGCAACACCUUUUCCAAGAGCGUCAGCGAAUGUAUGGGACAAUUGACUACACCCUCCUACAGUACGCCUUGUGGAGUGAGAGCCAGGUGUGCACCAUCUUCAUGAGCCCUUUCACAUUCGACGUAGAACCUGAUGGUUGGGUUGCCAAGGCUAUGCAACCAAUCUGGGCCUCCGGGCUCAAAGAGCUCAACUCUCUUCCACCAUGGAGGGCUCUCCGGGCCGAAGCAGAAGAAGGUCUUGACAAAUCCGUGGAGGGCAUGGAUCUGAGGGCUUUCUUCGUCUCGCGGCGGACGACGUUACAGACAUGGUUGUAUUUUGGACUCCGGGGCAUGCCUGUCUCGCCAUUGAUAAUGCUGUGGUUGUCCACAACAGCAUCAGUGCACCAAGGACGCAUGAUCAAACAUUAUCUGCACGCCGUAUGCCAGGUCAGCGAAGAAACUUGCUGUCACGGCGAAAAGUCGAAACGGGCCACUUCGGACGUUCAGUGCUGGUACGUCCAGCAGUAUCUCAUUCUUGCUGAGUUCAUCUGGACCCAUCACACGAGCUACAAAGUCGAGAUAUGUGGUGUUGAUCUCUUCGACGUUGUCCCGACCCUGUUAAGGAAGCUCCGGGCAGCGCUCGAGCACGACCUCGACUCCUCGAAGUACCAGAAUGCUCGCGUCUGGGCCCUCUUCGUCGGGGCCCAUACUGAGUGGUCAAUACCUAAGGCAAAGCAGCCAGGAAGUCGAGCAGCACUCUCCGACGAGCAGAAUACGCGCGACGAGAAUCAGAAACCCGAGGACUAUAGCAAGAAUGACAGUCGGUGGUUCCACUGCAGGCUGGCCAUUCAGAUUCGACAAAUGGGGCUUACAAAAUGGACGGAGGUCCGUAAUAUUUUUCAGGGCUUCAAUCAUGCAGAUGUAAUUUCACCUCUAGGAGAGAAGCUCAUCAACGAAGUGCUAGGACGAUACUGA